CAAAGAACAGGCGGGUUGCUGCCUGCGGCCACCGCCGUUUCUCCUCCUUGACCCGAUCGCCUGCUCUGCUUCCUACACCCCCGGGGCCCCGGCCACCGGUGACGCUAGCGGCAAACCCAUUUACUCCUCUCGAUUGCUGCCUGCAGAUAUAUAUGCAGGCGAGAUCAGUCCUGCCAGGAACCAGCCGCCAAGAAGAUACCGCUAGGUACCAAGCUACCUACCUACCUUGUCAUUCUGGAGUUGUUGGGUAGUACUCCGGCGAGCUCUGCUAGGCAGUCAAGCUCGCGCAUGGCGCGCGGCUAGUGAAGUGAAUCGGCGCAGCUCCGGUGCCUGCUGCCGAUUCACUCUACUUGUAAUUCUUGACGGAAUCAAGCAAAGAUCUCGACUCCACUGCCUGGUCCGGACCAGAGAUGGAGGUACAGAUGGCCGCACAAGGCCCCAAACCAACGGGACGCGGCAGCACGCCGUCGCCCUCUGACUCUCACCACGGCGGCGGCGCCACCGCCAAGCCCGUCCCCGGCUACCUCAGGCCGUCGGCCGGCUCGUGCCACCACGUGUGCAAGUACGGCGGCACGCACACGUUCGAGGAUCACAAGGAGGCGCACAGCAGGCCGCAGCAGCCGAGGCCGCCUCGGAAGCAACCGCCGCCGCCGGCUCCAGCUCCGGCUCCGGCGGAGAGCCACAACCACAGCAGGGUGCUCGUCAAGGUGCGCUCCGUGUUCCGCAGGCGUGUCGGGGACUCCACCACCACUGCUACUACUCAGAAGCCUUCCAAGGCGGCGGCCGCCGGCAAGGCCAAGGCCGCCAAGGAGGGCGUGAGCGUGGAGUGGAAGGACAUUGUCGCCUACGACACGGUUCCACUUCCAUCUCAUGGAUCGUCAUCCCCGGGCCCGGAGCUUGGUAAAACCUCAGCAGCUCAUCAUGUCACCGCCGGCUCCGGCGACGCCGCCAAGAAGAAGGCUGUGAUGAAGAAGGGGAAGAAGUCGUACGGCAAGGCCAAGGUCCACGAACAAGUACAUGGCGAUGGCGUAGUACAAGCUCCCCAAAAUGAACCAUUGGGCACCGUCACCAACGCCAACACUGACUCUAAGAGUGUAAAGCCUCCAAAAACGAAGAACAAACCUGCAGCGGUGUUGCUCGUCGAAAACAUGGGUAUCGACCAAGAAACGCUUCAAGGGUACCAAAUUCUGUCCCCUUCUCUAGCACAAAGUCGCGCAAACCUUUUGCGCGACCUCGAGAAGGAGAUGAUGGUUCAUCAAGAACCUGCCAAUGUGAAGCAAGAUAGGACAACAACGGUAACAUACUCUCUGGACCCAGAAGAGUACGCUGCUGCAGAAUCAAGCAGGCCCAUGCCCAUCCCGGCGCACCGGAGGGUGCAGAGCAUGAGUAUCAGCAGCAGGUCCGUGCGGCAGCCGUUUGCGCGACAAGCGAGCAAGAAUUCAGUCACCUUCAAGCUGCGGUCCAGGAGCACCAGAGCAGCAGCACCGGCAGUCGUGCCACCGGAGGAGGAGGAGAAGAAGAAGCCGGCGAGGCUGAGGUCCAGGAGAGGCGAGCAGGAUGCUUCUUCGGCCGCCACCGGGAGAGGCAUCCAUCUCAGGAUCAGGAGCCUCCGGAGGCGCGGCGUCGGUGGCGGGUCCGGUGGCGCGGGCACCGGCGGCGGCUUCGUCGUGCCGGCGGUGGCGCUCAGGCAUCAGAAGACGCUGGAGAAGAAGAAGAGCCAGAGGCUGUACAACAGCCACAUCGAGGAGACGGCGGGCAAGCUCGUCAAGACGAGGAAGAGCAGGGUCAAGGCCCUGGUUGGGGCAUUUGAGUCCGUCAUCUCCAAGAUUGCAAAGUAGGUGUAGUAGGAGAGUAGUAGGCGUAUGUAUUGCUCAUGUUAUUGAACAGUUUGUCUCGCAAUUUUUGGUUGCACUCGGAUGAGUGCUUGCCCUGAUGUAGCUCUGAUGGAAAUGUUUGUAUCGGUAUUUUCUAGUUUAAUCGAAGACAUCUUGGUAAUUCCAAGGCGUCAAUCCUCCUUGGCCAA